UAAAACUCGUUCAAAGGUAUCGCAACGACAAUUUAGUGGUCGAUCACUGGGAUCGGUUCUGUCAAAGCACCAACUCAAUGGAUGCUGCGGAGAAUUAAGAAAUAUGCGUAGAUGUAACGCUGAAAGAUGAUUAGUCUCUAUCAACACACUUCUCAUGAGAACACAGUUUCUUACGGUUCUAACGCACUCGCUGUAAUAGCCAGCAUUGUUUCUCUUGGAAGUAUAGUGGUGAUCUGUUCUUGGUGUUACAAAUGUUGGAAGGGAUCAGAGAAGGAUGGAGAGAGUACAGAAAGUGACUAUGAUUCAUCCUCGGACUCUCAACUCUACGGAGUCCCAGGGCACAAAUACCGUGCAUUUGCGAAAUACUCGACGCUGUCGGACGUUUCACCGCCUGAAAAGCGCAUUGAAUCGCCUGGGUAUCCGAAAAAAUCGUUAAAAUUUUCUCAGCCGCCUCCACAAGAGUACGAUGUACAAGCACCUCAGCCGGAUAUCUCAAACUUUGUCAUCCCGCCAGAGCCUCCUUUAAUCGAUCAAUCAUCGACCAAAGAGGACCUCGGAAAGGUUUACUUCUCAAUUAGCUACGAUUCCCAAGAAAUGGUACUCACGUUGAAAAUUAUAAAAGCGUCCGGACUUCCGGCCAAAGAUUUUAGCGGAACCAGCGACCCGUUUGUGAAAAUUCUGCUGCUUCCAGAUAAAAAGCACAAAAUGGAAACUCGAAUUAAAAGGAAAAAUCUCAACCCAACAUGGAACGAGGUUUUUAGAUUUGAAGGUUUCCCUCAUAACAAGCUAUUAAGUCGAACGUUGUAUCUUCAAGUACUGGACUACGAUCGUUUUUCUCGGAACGAUCCCAUAGGAGAAAUUGAAAUCCCGUUGAGCGAUAUUGACUUGGGGCCAAUGACUCUGACUUUCUGCAAGGAUCUACAACCCUGUAAACGCCAGGAACACCUGGGAGACCUUCUUAUCUCCAUGAUGUACCAACCCACAAAUAACAGAAUUGUGGUUGUUGUCAUGAAAGCCUCAAAACUAAAGAAGAUGGACUUCAUUGGAUCAUGUGAUCCAUAUGUUAAAAUCUAUUCCAUGCAUGGAGGGAAGAGGUUAGACAAGAAGAAGACAACAAUAAAGAGGAGAUCAAAAGAUCCUGUGUGGAAUGAAUCCUUCAUAUUCUAUGUUCCAGUUGACAAGCUUAGAGACAUAACCUUUGUCUUCACUGUUAUGGACUUUGACCGUAUCACACAAAAUGAGAUGAUUGGCCAAAUAAUCUUGGGAUACCGCACCACUGGCAGCUCACUAAGGCACUGGACUGAAAUGAUGGGUAACCCCAGGAAGCCUGUAGCACAAUGGCAUAGGCUUCAACUUUACUAAUAAAACUGGAAUAAAGUUUUGGGAGGUGCUUAACAUUUUUUGGCAGGAAUUUUCCUGUCAAAGAAAAACUAACAACAAAAAUAGUACUGCAAAGUGAGAUCAAUUGUUUAAAAAAACAAUAAGAAAAGAGUCUACAUAUCAAAAGGUACAGAAAAUUACAACUUUUAAUUGCUAGUUUGAAAAUAGAGGACCUAUUUUUUUUCCUUGUGACAACACAAUUGCACUUCCUUUUUUUUACCUUCUGAUGAUGAACAAUGAUAAUGAACAGAAGUAUUACGGAAAAAUACCUAGAUCUGUAUUGUUCAUUUGCUAUAAAGAUACAAUGCUAACCACAAGACCACACACCAGGUGAAACAAAUCAUACCCUAACACAAGUAAAAAUAGCCUCUGGCAAACUUCUUAGUAAGACAGAUGGACACAACUAAAUUUACUAAAAAUACUUGGUACAAAAAUGUCUUUUGACCAAUGAUUCAUGACUCAUAAACAGAUCUUAGUCAUAAGACAAGUGACAUUUAAUAGGCAAAACAUGUACGUGCAAGACGUGUAAUUUCAUCUCCAACAGAUUUACAGAACCUUCCCCCACUUCCUUUAAUACUAUGCUUUAAGAACAUUUUUAUGCCUACACAAUUUUUGGAAAUCCAGGGACAAAUAAUUUUGUCAGAAACUUUCAAAGUGAGUCAAAACAGCUGUUUUUCUUCCUCCCACACAAUUAUUUGCCCUUGGGUCUGCAACAAUGUGUCAAACCCAAAAAGACAAUUCAAGUGGUUUAAAAAAGGUAUACAAAGGCAGAAAUUUCCUUGACACUUCAAAAACAUGACAGACAGAAGAGUUUAUUAAUAGUUGAUACAUUCCUCAAGUUUUUAAUUUAUAUUCUUCCAUUCCUGUAAGUUUUUGAAGAUUCAAUUUGAUGUAGUUUGUGGUUAUGUUAAUGCUUAAUUGGACAAUGUAUAGAGAUUUUUUCUUAGGUGAUUCUUCAAGUAUAAAGUUAUAAGAUGAAAGGCAGUAAAAAUAUCCAUGUUGGCAAAUGUCCAUUUUCUUCAGAUUAUUUUCACAAUUACUUAAAUUCCUCACACAUUUAAAGGCUUAACAGGUUAAAAGGUUAAAUUUUGAAGUGUUCUUUAAUUAUCUUGGCAGACCUCUUUGAUAUCAGUACCACUUUUUAAUUAAGUCUCUCCAUUUAAAGAUCUGUUGACAAGCUAACAAAAAUUUACAUGAAACAUGAACUCUGAUGGAAUCUACUAGAUUAUUCUUCCUGUCUGGGUAGUGAUCAUACAGCAUAGCAAUUACAUACCAGGAGUAAAGAUUUAUGGAAAUGAUGUAUUUUUAAUUUCAGAUUAAAUUAAAGGAGCAUUGUGCUCUGUGGUGGAAUAAAUUAUAUUGGAUUACGUGUAAUAUAGAUCUUUUGUCAUCAUA